GUGUUGUACCCAAGCCCCCAACCUUCUCAAGUAGACUUGAGUUUUGCAAUUUGCAAUCUAAGUCGCCAAUCUUCUUGUUCGAGUUAAGCUAAAAACACAACAAUGGUCUAUCAGAAGAAGGUAGUAGAAGAGGUAGCCUGCUGGCUCAAGCUCUUUGACGACGGCACAGUCGACCGCACUUGGUCAGGACCCCCUGAAGCAGAGUUCAUGGCAAAACCUGUGCCAGCCCAUGAUGAAUUCAUUGGUGGAGUAGCUGUUCGUGACUUGACACUUGACACAAAAUCCGGCCUUGGCGUACGUCUUUACAUGCCGGAAACAAAUUCUGGCGUGGAAGAGAAACUUCCCAUCGUUAUCCAUUUCCAUGGUGGUGGGUUUUGUAUCAGCCAACCCGACUGGUACAUGUACUACCAUGUAUACACACGGCUAGUUCACACAGCACGAGUCAUCUGUGUUUCUGUCAAGCUGCGGCUUGCCCCCGAGCACCGGCUACCCGCACCUUGCGAGGACGGUCACUCUGUCCUCCUAUGGCUUCAAGCCAUCGCUCUUGGCAAAUUUUCUGAGCCAUGGCUUGAAGUCAACGGUGAUUUCAAACGUGUCUUCCUAAUUGGGGACAGCUCAGGUGGAAACCUUGUACACGAGGUGGCUGCUCAUGCUGGAGCUAAAGAUUUGAAUCCGGUGCGGCUAGCAGGGGGUAUACCAAUUCACCCUGGCUUCGUCCGAGCUGAACGGAGCAAGUCUGAGUUGGAGAAAAAAUCUGACUCACCAUUCCUAACACUAGAGAUGGUUGAUAAAUUCUUAGCUUUGGCCUUACCAAUCGGCUCCACAAAAGAUCAUCCGAUCACAUGCCCGAUGGGUCCGGCGGCAACCCCUCUUGCCGGGCUGAAGGUGCCACCGUUUUUGGUUGUGCUGGCAGAGAAUGAUUUGAUUUUGGACACCGAGAUAGAGUACUGUGAUGCAAUGAAGAAGGCAGGGAAGGAUGUAGAGGUGCUGGUUAACCCUGGGGUCAGUCACUCGUUUUAUCUCAACAAGAUCGCUGUUGAAAUGGACCCCCACACGGCUUCGGAGACCGGCAGGCUUAUUGCUGCGAUCACCGAUUUCAUCAAGAGGCAUUAGAGGUGUUUGCCGCCACUAUUCAU